AUGUUCUCCUCUAAGUUCCUCAGUGGGGCUAAUCCCCUGAGCGCCAUGUCCUCUGCGGUGAACAAGUUGGGCCGUUUUGGGGACGAUGUUGGAGAGGGGGAUCAGAAGAAGAAAGCUGAUUCGCAGCAGGGGGCUAAGGGGCCGCAGCAGCCGGGGACGGGCCCCCAGAAAGCAGGCCAGGGUCCCCCAAAGCAGCUGGGUAACGGACAGGUGGGGAAUCCACCCAAGCCGACCGGUCAAGCAGCCACUCAGAAGCCUGGAGCAAAGUCGGAGGAACAGUCCAAAGCUCCAGGAAAACCUGGUCCGCAGCAGAAACUACAACAACAACAACAACAGCAACAAGGUUUGCCGAAGGCUGGAGUUCAGCCUCAAAGUGCAGCUAAGGGUGAACAACAGGCUUCUUCUAAGGGAGCUCAACAACAGGCCUCCCCAAAGCCUGGAUCACCACCCCAACAACAACAACAACAACAACACCAACAAGGACCUCCUAAGGGUGGUCUGCAACCCAAAGGGAGUCCGAGACCAGAGGCGCAGCAGCAAGCCUCAAAGACUCGAUCCCCGAUGGGGUCACCGAAACCUGGGCAGGCGCAGAGCUCCGACAGGACCUCACCCGACCAGCGGGCUUCUUCUGGUCCACAUGGUGCUCACCAGGGUCCAAAGGAAGCCAAGCCGGCUGGACCCAAGGCCAUGUGUCCUGUGUGUACGACUACAGAACUCAACCUGCGCAGUAAGGCGCCACCGAACUACAGCACGUGCACCCGGUGUAAGACCCAAGUGUGCAGCUUCUGCGGCUUCAGCCCCCCGGAUUCAGCGGGGAAAGAGUGGCUUUGUCUUCCCUGUCAAAUGAAAAGAGCUUCCGGAUCUCCUGAACCUGCUGUGCAUUCAAAAGUCCAGCCGUCGCCUAACAAAACCGCCACAACCCAGAAGCUGACACCGAGUUCUUCUCCUCCAACCCCUAAACAAGUCACCUCAGCCCCAGGCUCACCAAACCCAACACUGUCCAAGCCAAGAGAACCCUCAUCUGUGGCAGAGGCUGCUAAAAGCCAGAAACAGUUGAGUCCAUCUCCUGGUCAGAAAACACCACAGGAGAGCCGGAAGACGUCAGGCCCUCAGAAACCUCCAGACCAGACAAAUCAAACCGGACGAAAGCAGAGCACCCAACAGGAGUCUGGGGGCUUCUUUGGCUUUGGAGGUUCUAAGGCUCAGCCUGAUGCUGCAAAGCCUGAAGAGUCAGUCACUGGGAAGAUGUUUGGCUUUGGUUCCUCAAUCUUCAACUCUGCGUCCACCUUGAUAACCACACCACCUGUUUCUCCAAAAAUGGCCGCCGCAAAGGACACCAAACCACCUGCUGUCCAGAAAGCAGAGCAAGAGAAGAGACCAGAGCAACCUCAGCAGGCCAAGGCUUCACCAUCAGUACAGGCCAAAGUGGACAAAGCUCCAUCAGAGCCUCCAAAGGCAGCAGCUUCCCAAGCUGCUCCUAAAGCAGGCCAGUCCACCUGUCCACUCUGUAAAGUGGGACUCAACAUGGGCUCCAAGGAUCCUCCCAACUACAACACCUGUACGGAUUGUAAGAACACCGUCUGCAAUCAGUGUGGAUUUAGUCCAAUGCCAAAUGUUGGGGGAAAGGAGUGGCUCUGUCUCGACUGUCAGGUGAAGAGAGCUUCAGGGGCCAUGGGUGAAGCUGGACCUCCGGUUAGAAAACCACAGGCUUCCCCUAAUAAAGCAUUGACACAAAAGGAGACAUCUAUAAAGCCGAGCCAAAAGCAAUCAAGUCCAUCUCCUGGUCAGAAAACACCAGUGGAGAGCCAGACGAAGUCAGGUCCUCAGAAACCUCCAGACGAAAAGAAUCAAACCGGACGAAAGCAGAGCACUCAGCAGGAGUCUGGGGGCUUCUUUGGCUUCGGAGGUUCUAAGACUCAGCCUGAAGCUGCAAAGCCUGAAGAGUCAGUCACUGGGAAGAUGUUUGGCUUUGGUUCCUCCAUCUUCAACUCUGCAUCCACCUUGAUAACCACACCACCUGUUUCUCCAAAACUGUCAGCCGCAAAGGACACCAAAACACCUGCUGUCCAGAAAGCAGAGCAAGAGAAGAAGCCAGAGCAACCUCAGCAGGCCAAGGCUUCACCAUCAGUACAGGCCAAAGUGGACAAAGCUCCAUCAGAGCCUCCAAAGGCAGCAGGCUCCCAAGCUGCUCCUAAAGCAGGCCAGUCCACCUGUCCACUCUGUAAGGUGGGACUCAACAUGGGCUCCAAGGAUCCUCCCAACUACAACACCUGUACUGAUUGUAAGAACAGGGCCUGCAACCAGUGUGGAUUUAAUCCGAUGCAAAAUAAAUCAGAGGUGAAGGAGUGGCUGUGUCUCACCUGUCAGAUGCAGAGGGCUCUGGGAGCUUCUGAAGCUCCAGGACAACUAGCGGUCAAACCCCAAGCCUCCCCGAAGAAAGUCUCUCCAUCUCCUGAACCCCAGAAGAAAGUAAUCUCUGAGUCAGCCGGAUCUCCUCAAAGAAAGCAGUCAAUGCCAGCUGUAGAUCUAAACAAGGUUGAAGUUGCUAAAGGACAAGACGGGCCGAAGCAGUCAAGUCCAUCUCCUGGUCAGAAAACACCACAGGAGAGCCGGAAGACGUCAGGUCCUCAGAAACCUCCAGACCAGACCAAUCAAACCGGACGGAAGCAGAGCACCCAACAGGAGUCUGGGGGCUUCUUUGGCUUUGGAGGUUCAAAGGCUCAGCCAGAUGCUGCAAAGCCUGAAGAGUCAGUCACUGGGAAGAUGUUUGGCUUUGGUUCCUCCAUCUUCAACUCUGCGUCCACCUUGAUAACCACACCACCUGUUUCUCCAAAACUGUCAGCAGCAAAGGACGCCAAAACACCUGCUGUCCAGAAAGCAGAGCAAGAGAAGAAGCCAGAGCAACCUCAGCAGGCCAAGGCUUCACCAUCAGUACAGGCCAAAGUGGACAAAGCUCCAUCAGAGCCUCUAAAGGCAGCAGCUUCCCAAGCUGCUCCUAAAGCAGGCCAGUCCACCUGUCCACUCUGUAAGGUGGGACUCAACAUGGGCUCCAAGGACCCUCCCAACUUCAACACCUGCACGGAUUGUAAAAACGCUGUCUGCAACCAGUGUGGAUUCAACCCCCAGCCAAAUAGCCCAGGGGUAAGUUUUAAACUGCAUUCCUGA